AUGGGUGCACAAAAAUCACUGACAGUGUGUCUGCUGUUUUGCAGCACGUGUUACAGUCUUAGCAGAUUCUGUUCCAAGCUGAAACAUCUGGAUCUGACAUCUUGCGUGGCCAUCACAAACAGCUCUUUGAAAGGCUUAAGUGAGGGUUGCAGAAAUCUGGAACAUUUGAAUCUUUCCUGGUGUGAUCAGAUUACGAAGGAUGGUAUUGAAGCACUGGUGAAAGGGUGUAGUGGACUAAAAGCUCUAUUUCUUAGAGGUUGCACACAGUUAGAAGAUGAAGCACUGAAACACAUUCAAAAUCACUGUCAUGAACUUGUAAUCCUGAAUUUGCAGUCCUGUACACAAAUUUCAGAUGAAGGCAUUGUAAAAAUCUGUAGAGGAUGUCAUAGACUUCAAUCGCUCUGUGUUUCAGGCUGUAGCAACCUUACAGAUGCUUCUCUCACAGCACUUGGUCUAAACUGUCCAAGGCUGAAGAUUUUGGAAGCUGCAAGAUGUUCACAUCUUACAGAUGCCGGGUUUACCCUUUUAGCACGGAAUUGCCACGAGCUGGAGAAGAUGGACUUGGAAGAAUGCGUUUUGAUAACUGACAGCACAUUGAUACAACUUUCUAUACACUGUCCUAAGCUACAAGCAUUGAGCUUAUCUCACUGUGAAUUGAUCACCGACGAUGGGAUUCUUCAUCUGAGCAACAGUACGUGUGGUCACGAGAGGCUGCAGGUACUGGAGCUUGAUAACUGUCUUCUCAUCACUGACGUGACUCUGGAACACCUGGAGAACUGCCACAACUUGGAGAGAAUUGAGCUGUACGACUGCCAGCAAGUCACGCGAGCCGGAAUCAAACGCAUCAGAGCUCAUCUACCUCACGUGAAAGUUCAUGCUUACUUUGCUCCAGUGACUCCCCCCCCUUCUGUCGGCGGGAGCGGACGGCGCCUCUGCAGAUGCUGUAUUAUUCUUUGACAGUAAGUUGCAACCACACAGAAAAGCUUCUUGUUGUUGUUAUUGAAGAAAAG